GCGCAGUAAUUAAGCGAAAUGUGUGCCUGAGGCUCAAGAGAAUUUUCCCCCUCACAUCGGUCAUGAAGAAUGGAGGAGCUUUCUCAACACGAUGAGUCUUCAAGAUUCCCAGUUCUUCGAAACUUGUACCAAUGUGCGUUAGGAAGAAUGUGGUGUGUGUAACAUUUGAACGAGUGCAGUUUCACGUACAGCAGCUCCAUUGUGAGGACGCAAACCCGAAGACUUUCGGUUCCCGAACCGCGCUGAAUCGGCACGAGCAGCAUACAACGCUUUCUCAAAGAGAGAAUGACUGGGAUGCUAACCCAGCCCCGACGAGAGCAAAAGAAAACUGGAAUGAUACCCAACCAUCAUCCACACGGAACAAUACUUGGCGGUCUGACAGGAGUCAUUUGUCAAGAUCAAGAAUCGGAACUAUCACAAGCUCUAAAAGUGGAUAUGAGCCAAACAUACUAGAAAUUUCAAAAGCAGGCCGAAGCGAAGGCUCAUGGGAAAGCGGAAACCAAUCGAACGGAAGGAGAAGCCACUGGGAGGGGAGUCGGGAUGCCUCUAUGUCUCUGCGGAGGGGUGGCAACAGCGACUCGAAGAGCCAACGCAGGCAAAAUGAAAACGAACUCAAUUGGGAGCUUGAACUCGAUCGCAAUGAGAAUGAACGGAGAUGGGAGAUUGAGCGUCAACGUGCCGAGAACGACCGUAGAUGGGAAGCAGAGAGUAGACGAGAGGUGAACGAGCGUAAUUGGGAAAUCGAACGACAACGAGAAGAGAAUGAACGGAACAGUCAUCUACCUAUUCAAUGGAAACCCGCAAAGGCAUCGAUUAGAGGAGACGAUAAGCCUCUGCCUACGAUACCGGUAGAGAAUAGCCAAGAAGAUGAUCGACUCUCUAGGAGAGACAGCUUCGAUAAUAUCGGCCCCACCAGGCAUGAUUUUUCGACGCCUGUUCUGAUAUCCAGACCCGCCACCUUGCAGGAGGAGCUUGCAAAUGGUCAGAAUUCACAGCUGGGACUUAGAGGAGGUGGAACCGGAAGCCAGUAUAGUGGCAGCAUCGAGAUGGACACGCCAAGCACAGCGCGAUCCGAGGGCUUAGAGAACGGUUUCCGCCCUCGAAGAACCUCCUCGACCGCCCUCAGACUCGUAUUGACAUUUCGACCUCAAAGGCCACCGAGGACAGAGCCAACAUCGCCACCAAGCAACUCAAUCCCCGUCUCUCCAAUGAGUGCGACACAGGUAAGAACAGAGCGCUCACUGCCUAACUCGAUCGAUAUCACCUCCCAACUCUCGAUGGUUUCGAUCAUCAAAUAUCACGACAAGGACGUCCAGUGUGACUUCGACGAGAGGCCCAGAAGAAGAAAAAGGCAGCCGGGUGGUGACGGGACCUUACCAACUGGUUCGAGACUGGCAAUCCUUCUUGUUUGCACUUGCAUGGCCAUAUUUCUCCAAGCAUUGGACACCACAAUCAUUGCCACAGCGAUACCUCGCAUAACACAGCAAUUCCAUUCCAUCGAAGAAGUUGGCUGGUACGGUUCGGCCUACUUUCUGACAACUUGUUCAUGUCAGUUGCUAUGGGGCAGGUUCUUCACCUUCUUCAAUCUCAAAUGGGCUUACUUGGUUUCCAUUGUGAUCUUUGAAGUUGGCUCGCUCAUCUGUGGAGCCGCACCGAAUUCAACGGCGUUAAUCAUUGGACGAGCAAUUGCUGGUGUAGGUUCCGCUGGCAUCUUUGCAGGAAGCUUCAUUAUCAUCGCCUGCUCCGUUCCACUCGAGAAAAGAGCAAAGUAUGGAGCUCUUUUGGGCAGUAUGUACGGAAUCGCAUCCGUUGCUGGUCCGCUCAUUGGAGGAGCUUUUACUGACCAUGUGUCAUGGAGGUGGUGUUUCUAUAUUAACCUUCCUCUCGGUGCUGUGGUACUCGUGGGGAUUGUGUUUUUCUUUCAACCGGUAGCACCUAAUCCCGCCCUUUCUAACCUUCCGCGGGAGCAAAAGUUGAAGCAACUUGAUGGACUGGGUACGGUUCUCUUCAUUGGAUCCGUGAGCUGUCUCUUCAUCGCUCUACAGUGGGGAGGAGUGAAGUAUGGAUGGUUCUCAGGUCAGAUCGUAGUCUUGCUCUUCUUCUUCACACUCAGCGGUAUCGCCUGGAUAUUCGUCCAAUAUCAAAGAGGAGAGACCGCAACACUUCCCGGUCGAAUAGUGAAGAUGAGAUCGAUCGCCGCCGGAGCGCUGACCUCCUUCUGCAUGGGAGGAGCAUUCUUCAUACUCCUUUACUAUGUUUCCAUAUGGUUUCAAGCUGUUAAGGGACGCUCCGCCGUAUCAUCCGGCCUUUCCUCUCUUCCCAUGAUUCUCGGACUAACAAUCGGGAUGCUGAUCGCUGGCCAGACUCAACAGUAUGUCAACUAUCUCCCGCCAUAUAUGAUCAUAUCCGCUGUGUUGGCUUCAAUUGGGUGCGGGCUGUUCCAUACAUGGACACCAGACUCGUCGCAGAGUAUAUGGAUUGGAUAUCAGGCACUUUUUGGCCUUGGACAGGGACUGGGUUGGCAACAGCCCUUUUCGAUCGCUCAAACAUUCUUGGAGAAUAAGGAUCUUCCAGUUGGUACCACGCUUAUGUCUGGCUGCAAGCUCUUUGGAGGCGCUAUUUUCUUGUCUGUGGGUUCGAGUGUGUUCUCGCAGCAUCUUCAAUCGAAUCUCGAGGCUAUCGGUGGAGGUUUAAAUGUGCAGGCGGUCAUCGCGGCGGGUGCAACACAACUGUCCGCUUCCGUGCCACCGGAACUGUUGGCGCAGGUCAAAGAUGCGUAUAACGAUGCUGUAAGGCAUGUUUUCGUGGUGAGUGUGGCGUUGAGCUGUAUGGCGGUGCUGGGAGCGUUAGCAGUGGAAUGGAAGCCAGUCAAGAAGAAGCAAAAGCCGAAACCUGCGGGAGAGUCUGCUUGAUGGAGCAGUAAAUAUUAUGAUGAACAAAAGUAGUGAUAAGGACCAUAGACCACAAUGAUGGGUAGCAAUCCACAGUUGAUUUAUAGAAAUAGAAAUGAGCCGCAAGUGGAAGUUGGAUUUGGAUUUGGAUUAUGAUUUCCACAGAACAAGCUCGGCGCCGGGACG